AUGCUUGGUGGAAAGCUUGAUAACAGCUGUCCGGUUGGUGCUUACUCCAUAUCUAGCGGGUAUAAUUCAACCCAUAUUUUGCUCAACCCAACACUGGAUUUGAUUGACCAGUUCAAAGCAAGGUACUCCUCCAGUUUGACAGUUUUUAGCACCCAAUGGUCUGUUGGUACUGUUACAUCUGUUUGUGCCAGGUUUUUUGUUCUUAAUGAGAGGCUAACCAUAAGAGAGAUCAUCGAUAGUACUCUGAAAAAUAUGGCUUUGGCGUAUUUCAGUAUUUUAUUAUCUCUUAGAGCAGUGUGUGAACCUCCCUUGAGGUUCACUAAUGCACAUGCUCUUAGAUUUGUCUUUUAG